UUUACUGUCUGUUUAGGUUUUUAUCAAGUCUAAUGUCAUUCUUGUUUAACACUUUCUUAUUCAAUCUGCCAUCUUGUUCUCCAAUAGAGGAUCACAAUGGAAAUAAGCCCGAGGACUUUUUUGUGUAUUUUAAUCCUUGACAAUUUUUUAAAAUCUUAUAUGGAGUCUGUCUUUGUGAUCGGUCUGUCAUGUAUGUUUUAAAUUUGGUCAAAUAAAUAUAUCUAUCUAUUUGUGUCAAUCUAAUGGUCCUUGACGUGAAAAAGUUUGAGAACCAUUGGCCUUAAGUGUAAAGCCGACGUUUACGUGGGGCGCUUGAAUGCAUCACCAGUAGUUAAUGUUGUAUUGGAGUCGCUCACAGCAGCUGAGAGUCGCUGUGAAGUGAACGGACUCAGACUGUCAUGUGUGAUGAGACGGGUGGACCUCAGUGAUCUUCACCGUUUCUUUCGCAAAUCUCGAUGAUAUUGCAACAAUUUUAUGUUUGUGAAUCGGAGGAAAGGAAAUGCUGCUAUUUUUUCCAGUCUUCAUCCAGAGCCAAAGCUGUUAACCACUCUCAAUGACUUUACUGUAGUUUUGCUGCGAAACCUGCGCACCAGCAUCCCUCUUAAAUUUUCUACAGUUCAACUUAGGAGUUAUUUUUUUCCUACAGAGCUGCAACUAUGCAGCAAGAGCUCUUGUUCAAAGUCCUGGUCAUCGGGGACUUGGGAGUCGGGAAAACGUCCAUCAUUAAGCGGUACGUCCAUCAGAUCUUCUCCCAACACUACAGAGCCACCAUCGGGGUGGACUUCGCCCUGAAGGUGCUGCAGUGGGACAAUGACACCGUGGUCCGGCUUCAGCUGUGGGACAUAGCAGGGCAGGAGCGGUAUGGGAACAUGACUCGUGUCUACUACCGGGAGGCGGUGGGAGCACUGGUGGUAUUUGACGUGACGAGAGCCUCCACGUUCGACGCCGUGUUGAAGUGGAAGGAUGACCUGGACUCCAAGGUGACUCUGAACCAUGGGAGACCAGUUCCAGCUGUACUCUUGGCCAAUAAGUCAGACCAGCUGGCUUCCCAGCAGCCCAAACUUGACUCUUUCUGCAGGGAGAACGGCUUUGUUGGCUGGUUCGAGACCUCAGCCAAGGAAAACACAAACAUCGAGGAGGCAACGCGGUGUUUGGUACAGCACAUCCUGAGCAACGAGGAGACCCCGGUGAUAGAGCGAGACCCUGGUUCCCUUGUCCUGACUGGAUACACUAACACCGCCAAGGAACAUCUCAACUGCUCGUCAUGUGUGAAAUGGUGACUCCUGACCAGUCACAGACAACCAGGAAGUGAACGGCUAUGAGGCCACAGCCUCAGAGAUAAGUUUGGCUCAGGGACUGUUUGUGAAAAAUUGCAUUUGUGUUCAACCAAUCUUAGCGUACAGCCGUAAGUGAAGAAAAAUGUAAAACAGGUGAGCGAUGUACCAACAUUUAUGGGCUGUGUUCACACUGCAAGGCAACACGAAAUAAUAUCAACAUAACAUAAUAUCUUUCACACAAAAGAGUCGAUUUUGACAACAUUUUAGGCAUACGCUUUAAAAAGUCUUACAAUAAGUUUUGUUUUUAAAUUCAAAUUUUUUAAAUUGCUUGAAAUUCUAGGAAAAGAAACAUUAAAUGUGAUCUUUGGCAGACUGAAUGAGUUUAUGCCAACUUUUAAUCUUUGUUUUUUAGUUUUAGUUCACAAUUUAGAUUUUACAACAAUGGAUGUUUAUUUCAUCCCCUUUUGCCACUGAAACUUUCUCUUUUAGACGUAUUAAAAAAGUAUUAAAAGUCAUUACGUUUGCACAUGAAAAUUGCACAACUUUUGUGUUAUGUUGUGUUUUGCUAGGAUGUAACCCAUAUUUAUUAUUAAUAUAAAGUUUUGGUACCUGCAACACCCACCUAAUGCUCUUGCUUGCUGGUUUUGAAAAUACUUCAGUUGUGGUACGUGCCUUUGACAUUUGGCUGAACUGCCAGCUCCCAAAAUAUGUACGGAUGUCUAUGCUACUAAGAAAACAUAUAUGGAAAAGACAUUCCAAACUUUUGCCACUAUUGUCUGCAGUGUGAAUAUAGACAAAAAAAAUAUGAAACCCUCUUGCUUUCUUUGCACGUUUUACCUGCCCAUACAUACAUAAGUGUUUAAGAACGCAGCUUAAACUGCAAAUUGUGCUGCCAAAGAUAUUUUUUAACAAAAGUUUUAUCAAAACUUGGUAAACUGCAACUGGUUACAUACAAUACAGUGUCUUUAUCCACCCAGUCCCUGAACUUGGUUCUGUUUAACAAAGUACAAAUUCAGGUUUCUGUCAUUAACCAGCUCAAACUGCAGAUUCCACUCAUAUAUAUCUAAUAUGUUUAACAUAGACCGAGCGUGAAAGUUCAUUCUUGACCUUAGAAACAGUAGUCUGACAUCUUAAAGUAAAAGUUAAUUUGCUUUUUGGUGGCGAGUUAGAUGAGAAGGUUGAUACCACUUUCAUA